AUGAGUUUCGAUUCAAGAGAACUGGUUUUGAAGACUAUCAUGGAUGCAUCAAAAGAUUCCAAGGUUUACAAGAUUGGGGUACAUGGACUAGAAGGGGUAGGAAAUAUGAAAAUGGUUGAAGAUGUUGGCAAACAAGUGAAAAAAGAUGGACUUUUUGAUGAAGUUGUAAUGGUAGUUGUCUCUCAAGAUGCAACUGUGAGCAAAAUCCAAUUACAGUUGGUUGGGGGUAUGAAUCCAAAACCUGAUGUAGCGACAAUUACUAACGAACAUGAGAGAGCAAAACAAUUGUGGCUUAGAUUGGACAAUGGGAAGAAAAAUCUAAUAAUAUUGGAUGAUAUUUGGCAUGAACUAAGCUUGGACACAAUAGGUAUUCCUAUCACAGGUAGGAACAAAGUUGUGAUAACAUCUCGAAAUCGAGUUGUGUGGAAAAAUAUGGAAACGGAUACAAAAAUUCAAAUCAAAGUACUAUCAGAUACAGAAGCAUGGGCCUUAUUCAAGAAGAAGGUAAGAAAUUCUAUUGAUUCCCCUGAACUACAUGAUAUAGCAAAAGAGGUGUGUAAAGAGUGUCAAGGUAUGCCGGUUGCUAUACUUGUAGUUGGAGGUGCAUUAAAAGGUAAGGAGAAGUAUGUUUGGAAAAACGCACUUGAGAAGCUGAAAAAGUCUAUUCUAUAG